AUGAGUACGAUCUCGUCGUUCCCCGGAACAAAGAUCGGGUACAAUCCCAUAAAGCUCAUACUACGACUCUAUGCCGAGUUUUUGGCCGCUAAAAAACAGAACAACAUGCUGGUCGAGCUUAACCACGACUUCAAACCCACGCUGAAGCACUUUAGAAACCUCUCCAGAACCGCAGUCAUUAAUCUCAGCAUCCUCGGCUCUGUGUUUUUGUUUGUGCUAUAUGUGCUUCCAAUCUCCUUCUUGCUCAAACUUUUGCUGGCCCUUGGACUCGGCCUUCUAAUAACCGUCCCAAUAUUGUCGCAGUUCUUCCUGUUUGGUCUUCCGAUCCUUGCGUGGGUGUUUUUGUUCUUCUCGGCAGGAAAAAUCCCAACCAGCUGGAAACCGCCCAUCAGUGUGAAAAUCCUGCCCUCGAUGGAGACGAUUCUGUACGGCGACGACCUGUCGGACGUGCUGGCGUCGUACACGUCCAAACCUCUGGAUUUUGUCGCUUGGUUUCCGUACGGAAUAGUGCACUUUGCAGGCCCGUUCGUUGUGGCUGCCCUGGUCUGGCUCUUUGGCCCGCCAACCGCCCUGCGCUCGUUCGGGUGGUCGUUCGGGUACAUGAACCUUGUGGGCGUGGCGAUCCAGCAGAUCUUCCCGGCCGCUCCUCCGUGGUACAAGAACCUGUACGGACUGCAGCCGGCCAACUACGCCAUGAAGGGCAGUCCCGGAGGCCUAGGCCGUAUGGACGGCUAUUUUGGGGUCGAUCUGUACACGACGAAUUUUAGCAACGCCCCGGUCAUUUUUGGCGCGUUCCCGUCUUUGCAUUCGGGCAUUUCCACGAUGAACGCGCUGUGGCUAUCAUACCUGUUUCCCAAGUACUCUGCGUACUUUGCGUGCUACGUGUGCUGGCUGUGGUGGUCCACGAUGUACCUGACCCACCACUACUUCUUUGAUCUCACUGCCGGCUCUGUUUUGGCGGUGACGUUCUUUUUCGUUGCCAAAUACCAGUGGCUGCCGUUGAGAAAAGCCGAGUGUUUCUGCCGCUUUAAUUAUUACCGACUCGAGUACGAGGACACGCUGCAGAACGACCCGCUGAACUACGAGGCGCGCCUCAACAUGAACGACGCGGUGGAGCUCGACGACGUCACGUCCAGUGGCGAGUCGACCCCCGUGGACGACGACGCGACGGUCGAGUCGAGUCUUUUUACAGCCUAA